GCAUUCAGAUGGCACCAUAUAAGGCUUUAUAUGGACGAAAGUGUAGAUCACCUAUUUAUUGGGAUGAUGUGGGCGAAAGGAAGUUGUUAGGGCCUGAGAUUGUGCAACAAACAGUGGACAAGAUCAAUCUUAUUAGAGAGCGACUUCGCACGGCACAGAGUAGACAGAAAAGUUAUGCAGAUAACAGGAGACGUGAUUUGGUGUUUGGGGUUGGAGACCAUGUAUUCCUUAAGGUGUCUCCUAUGAAAGGAGUAAUGAGGUUUGGUGUUCGUGGUAAAUUGAGUCCUAGAUUUGUUGGGCCAUUUGAGGUUUUAGAUCGAAUUGGUGAGGUAGCUUACAGACUUGCCCUACCACCUUCACUAGUUGGAGUUCAUAAUGUUUUUCAUGUCUCAAUGUUAAGGAAGUAUAUACCGGAUCCUAGUCAUGUGAUUGAUCAUGCACCAUUGCAGUUUAAGGAGGAUUUGACAUAUGAGGAACACCCUAUACGAAUUGCUGAUAGGAAAGAACAGGUUUUGAGGCGUCGAGUCAUUCACUAUGUUAAGGUUCAAUGGAGUAAUCACUCGGAAAGAGAAGCUACUUGGGAACUUGAGGAUGAAAUGAGACAAAAGUAUCCACAACUUUUUGAGACUCCAGGUAUGUCAAAUUUCGAGGACAAAAUUUCUUUUAAGUGGGGAAGAAUGUAAAAUCCAAAAUUUUAUGUGUAGAAUUAUUUUUGGUUAAAGUAGUAAUUAAAUUAAUUUAUAUGGGUCAUUUUAGUAACAUCAAGGAAUUAGUUAUGAGGUGGU